AUGAAGAUCCUGGGACAUGUGGUUUUCCUGCUGCUGAUAGGAGGGAUUUGUUGCCAGAACAACCGCAAUGCCAAACCUAGUGGCAAGUCAUCUAAGAAGAACCAGGGGAACCAGAACCAGGGGGCCGAGGCAGCCCAGUCGGCCCCAGAAGAUGAGCCCCAUUCUGGGCCAGUGGAGUCGGGCAGGGAGGGUAACUCUGGAGGUCGGGCGGCAGCCCAGCAGUCAGCUUCACAGAACAACAAGGCUUCAGAUGAUAUGAAGCUGCAUGUCCUCAAGAAUACUCAGGUCACAUGCAACGAUGGAACAGCGGCAGGGUUUUACCUAAAGGAGUUCAAAGGGAGUAGGAGAUGGCUGAUAUUUCUGGAAGGCGGUUGGUGCUGCUACAACAAAGACUCCUGCGAUACCAGAUAUAAAAAUAUCCCACGACUCAUGACCUCAUCCGACUGGCCCCAAACGCGCAAAGGAAGUGGAAUAUUGUCAGCCCAGGCAGAAGAAAAUCCUCAUUGGUAUAACAGUAAUAUUGUAUUCAUCCCGUACUGCUCCAGCGACGUGUGGAGUGGCACAGGGCCCACAGCCACCAAGGAGAAGAGAGGCCCGGGAAAAGAGAAGGAGAAAGAUGCCAUUGACUAUACCUUCAUGGGUUCCCUGAUCAUCCGUGAGGUCAUCAAAGACCUAGUCCCUAAAGGCAUCAAACAGGCCAAGGUUGUCAUGCUGGCUGGCACAAGUGCUGGAGGGACGGGAGUGCUACUGAACAUUGAGAGGGUGUCCAGUCAGCUGGAGCAGCUGGGGGCAGAGGCCCAGGUUCGAGGCCUGGUGGAUUCGGGCUGGUUUCUGGAGAGUAAACAGCAGAGGGUUCCUGACUGCCCAGACAGUGUCUCCUGCUCACCUGUAGACGCCAUCAAGAGAGGACUCAAGCUGUGGAACGGGGUGGUCCCAGACAAGUGUCGGCAGCAGUACAAGAAAGGAGAGGAGUGGCAGUGCUUCUUCAGCCACAAACUCUACUCCUCCCUGACCUCCCCUCUGUUUGUGGUGCAGUGGCUGUUUGAUGAGGAGCAGUUGCGAGUGGAGAAUAUCUACCUGGGGGGUCAGACCCUGUCAGAACAGCAGUGGACCUACAUGCAGAACCUGGGAAAGGAUAUCAAGAACUCACUCAAAGAUGUCACGGCUGUGUUCGCACCCUCCUGCCUGUCCCACACAUUGAUCACUAAAAGUAACUGGAUGACGUUUCAAGUCAAAGGCACCUCCCUGCCGCGGGCUCUGCAGUGCUGGGAUAAGAGUUUCCAAGAAGCCAACCGUAACAGCAAGACCCCCCUGAAGGGCUGUCCCUUCCACCUGAUCGACACCUGCCACUGGCCCCAGUGCAACCCCACCUGCCCAGCCUUGGUGGACCAGGCCACCCAGCAGGAGCUCACCCUGCUCCAGAUGUUAGUGGGCAUGGGCCUGGACCUCCAGAAACUAGGUCUGGACCUCAGGAGGGACAGUAGCUCUAUAACUAGCAUGGUCAGUAACGGUGGCUAAGACAAGGAGUAUAGAAGCCCACUCUCUGGCUUAGUAAAGGGACAUUUUUAAUGAGUUAUGACGUAACCAUGAAAGGUACAGAAUCUGGUUACUUCUGUUGUGCCACUCAGCCAUUCCGUUGUGCUCCACUGUUACCAUGCCGUCUUGACCGGUGGGUAUGUCACUGGGCUUACACUAUGUCUGUCUGUAACGUUACAGUUUGCCUCCAGGAUCCCUCUCCUGGACAGUUUAAAGAGGGGAGGGGAGUGAUUCCAGUUUACUCCUGGGUUGUGUCUCACAUUUGAUUUGAUUCAAGGGAGAACGAGGAGUGCCAGGUACCUGUAGCUAACCAGUCAGACACCAAACCUGCAACACACUUUCACCCAACUACAUGUACUAUACAGAACUUCAACAACAUUUUGUGAAGUGAAACGUACUGCUUUUGAGGAUUUUUGAAUAAGCUAUUGGCACAUUUUAUCAUCUUGCCAACAUAGGACUGGUACAGUAUUCAGAGGAAAUGUACAUUUUUAUGUAGAUGGUUGACUGGAAGGAUAUAUUAUAUGAGUCUGCUGUUUUAGAUCCAUGUCCAAGC